CUUAAAAAAUACAAAAUACUCAAAAGUUGAAUUUGUUUCUACGUUCAAAGCGUGAAAUAGUAUCAUUUAUUUGAGUAAAAAGAAUAAUUUACUCUUACUGUGUAUUAUUGUGAUAGCAGAAGCGAAGAACAAGGAAUAAUUGUGUAAAUUAUGGAUCUACGAAAAGUUUCUGAUCAAGACAAACUUCAACUAUGUCGUCGAUAUUUUGUGAUAGGUUUUGCCUUUCUUCCGUUUCUGUGGUUUGUCAACUUCGUGUGGUUUUUCAAAUACGCCUUUUAUGUGAAACACUUCGAAGGACAGAAGAAGAUGAGAUAUUAUUUGACUGGUUCGUUGAUUGGAUUUUUGGUGUGGUUUAUUGGCUUGACAGUUUGGAUAAGUGUGUAUCAAAAGAACAGAGCAAGUUGGGGGGCAACUGGUGACAUGAUAUCAUUUUUAAUUCCCCUUGGAGAACCAUGAAUAUAAUUGAACCGACAACCUAUUUGAACAUUUGAUAUUCUUGUACAGAUAUAGAAGUGCUGUGCAUCAAAUUUACAAUGGACAAUUGCUUUAACUAUUUAGAUUUGCUGUGGACCUGUGGUUAAUAUUCAUCAGAUACUGAAUCCACUGUUCUACAGCUAUUUAUCCAACAGCAUUCGUAAUACAGUAGAUAAUUAAAGACCAUGUAAAGUCUGUUCUGCGCAGGCCUACAUUCCGACCCGACCAUUGGAAUGUCAUUAAUAUUUUGCAAGUUUCGAACUUCCUUGAAUUGAAUCUCUAGUCUCAUAUCGAACCAGAAGAGUGUUAAAAAAUCAGUAUAAUAUGUAUCUAAUCAUAUUUUACAACUAUAGCACUGAGUUUACAAUGUAAACAAAGCGUUUGUUUGCAUUACGGACUUUACAUUGCCUUUAACAUUUUUUUCUGAAAAUAAUUUUUCCUGAAAAUUUAACCCUACAAUACCUGUUUUUAAAUUGUGGAUACCAGAUGUCGAAACUUCAGUAUUGCAUGUGGACACCCAAGAAGUUCUUGUUUGAGCCAUUUUCAUUUCCACCUUUUUGACAAAGACAAUUACAAAUAUUGUGAGUUUUGCUGUUAAUUAAAUUAACAAUGAACUCUGUCAUUAGGUAAUCUAUGAUGUUACCACUUACAUUUAGACUAUGUUUACACUACACUGCCAGGGCAAUUAAUACCGGAAGAAUUUAGAUGUGUUGACGCUGCAUCGUUACAGUUUGUUUACAAAUUAAAUUAGCACUCAUGUAAACUCAAAACAUAAUUUCCAAUGGAGCAAAGAAAUUUAAACGAAAAAUACUGUUUUGAGACCUGAGAUGCUUGGUUUGCAAGUGGUACAAAACAAAUUAUAGCGAUUGUGUUCACACAAAGCCACUAGGCAUUCCGUUUUCAUCUUGCUGUAUUUACAAACCAUGUUCAAAUUGCUAUGGUAAAAGUGGCUUUUUCAAACAAUCAUGCUUCAGCAUUGUGUGAACACUUUGGCCAAUUGUAACUUUUGAUUGUAGUCUAAGACUUGUAGUUUUGAGGUUAUUGUAGCUAAAUAAUGUAAAGGAAUGAAAGUAUCUGGUCAGCACGCAUACACUUUUUGCAGAAAUGGAGAGUACAUUUCUAGUUUCUAUGAGUGCAUUGAUAUUUUUUAUGCUUAAUAAACUAUCUGCACUAUAGAAUAAAAUUAAUUGUUUACAAUUAGAAUAAAAUGAGAACUACCAUCGAAUAAUAAUAAGGGACCGGUCAUUAUUUAUGGAAGGGGGGGAGGGGAAUUUUUUCUUUUCUAAAUUUUUAAAAUUGAAAGCCCCCCCCCUAAAGAGCAGAAAUUUUAUGAUAACCCCCCCCUGCAUAUUAGAAUAUUUUUCUUUGACCCCCUCCCCCAUUUUCAUUUUUACUCGUCAAAUGGGGAUACCCAGGCGUUAUAGUGUUAAUUAUUAAAUAAGAAUAUGGAACUGGCAAGAUAUUAACGUCGACCAAAAAUAUAUAUUAGCAGAAAAUUAUGAUUAAUAAAAGAGGAGUAUUUUUA